CCUAGAUUGCAACAAUUCCCAGCAUAUCAAGAUGAUGCGCCGACAACAGUCCUAUCGCUUUGAGGACAACGAGAACACCUCUUACGCCCUAAAAAUGAAUCGUCGCUUUUCGAGAGUGGAGUCCGGGGCGGACCUGAAGGAUUACUUUGACAGAGGUGACAUCGCCUCCCGUGAGAAUCGCUGGAACUUCGAGGUGGCAUGGGAGGUGGCCAACAAGGUGGGCGGCAUUUACACGGUGAUCCGGUCCAAGGCCUAUGUAUCCACCGAGGAGAUGGGAGAGCAGCUGUGCAUGAUGGGUCCCUACAAGGAAAACUGUGCCCGCACUGAGAUGGAGGAGAUGGAGUUCCCGAGGGGAAAUCCCCUUUUGGAUGCCGUGAACUCACUGCGAUCGCGUGGCUACAAAAUCCACACUGGUCGCUGGCUGGUGGAUGGAAAUCCGCAACUAAUCCUGUUCGAUAUUGGGUCCGCUGCCUGGAAGCUGGAUCAGUUCAAAUCGGAGAUGUGGGAGAAGUGCCAUAUUGGAAUACCUCAUUUGGAUAUCGAGACCAACGAUGCCAUUAUCCUGGGCUUCAUGAUUGCCGAGUUCCUGGAGGAGUUCCGUAAUUUCGCCGUUACCUAUUCGCAGAACAAUGAGCUCAGUGCCCCCAGGAUUGUGGCCCAUUUCCACGAGUGGCAAGCUGGUGUGGCCCUAAUUGUUCUACGUACUCGCCUGGUGGAGAUCGCCACUGUGUUCACCACCCAUGCCACAUUGUUGGGACGUUAUUUGUGUGCUGGCAAUACUGAUUUCUACAACAAUCUGGAUAAAUUUGCGGUGGACGAGGAGGCGGGCAAGCGUCAGAUCUACCAUCGCUAUUGCCUGGAACGAGGUGCCACCCACUUGGCCCAUGUGUUCACCACCGUCUCGGAGAUUACGGGCUACGAGGCGGAGCAUCUGCUCAAGCGCAAGCCGGACAUUAUCACGCCCAAUGGUUUGAAUGUCAAGAAGUUCUCAGCUAUUCAUGAGUUCCAGAACUUGCAUGCCGUUGCCAAGGAGAAGAUCAAUGAAUUUGUUCGAGGACAUUUCUACGGCCACAUGGACUUUGACUUGGACAAGACCCUGUACUUCUUCAUCGCCGGCCGUUACGAGUUUGGUAACAAGGGAGCUGACAUCUUUAUCGAGUCACUCGCUCGCUUAAAUGCUAUGCUAAAACAUGAGAAACCCGAUACCACAGUGGUGGCUUUCCUGAUCUUCCCAACCAAGACGAACAACUUCAAUGUGGACUCGUUGCGCGGUCAUGCUGUGAUCAAGCAACUCCGCGACACGAUCAACAACGUGCAGCAGGCGGUGGGCAAACGGAUGUUCGACACUUGCCUCAAGGGUAAUAUUCCCAAUCCCGAUGAUCUGCUGCAGAAGGAUGAUCUGGUGAAGAUCAAGCGCUGUAUGUUUGCCAUGCAACGUGACUCGAUGCCACCGGUUACCACACACAAUGUGGCCGAUGAUUGGAACGAUCCGGUCUUGGCCUCCAUCCGACGCUGUCAUCUGUUCAACUCGGUGCACGACCGGGUGAAAAUGGUCUUCCAUCCGGAGUUCCUUACCUCGACGAACCCCCUGUUUGGCAUUGAUUACGAGGAGUUCGUGCGUGGCUGCCACUUGGGUGUUUUCCCCUCAUACUACGAACCCUGGGGAUAUACACCCGCCGAGUGUACGGUGAUGGGUAUACCCAGUGUGACCACCAAUCUGUCCGGAUUCGGUUGCUUCAUGCAGGAGCACAUCAGUGAUCCCAAGUCCUACGGCAUCUACAUUGUGGAUCGCCGCUAUAUUGGAUUGGAGAACAGUGUCCAGCAGCUGUCCAGCUUCAUGAUGGAGUUUUCGCGCCUCAAUCGCCGCCAGCGCAUCAUCCAGCGCAACCGCACGGAGCGACUCAGCGACUUGCUCGAUUGGCGCACCCUGGGCAUUUACUACAGGCAGGCCAGGGUUAAGGCCUUGCAGGCUGUGUAUCCGGAUUAUGUGGAUGAGUUGUCACUCUAUGGAUCGCGCAACAAUUUGAUCUUCUCGCGGCCGCAUAGCGAACCGCCAAGCCCCACCUCAUCGCGUCACACCACACCGGCACCAUCGGUGCAUGGCUCAGACGAUGAGGACUCCGUCGACGAGGAAACUGAACUCAAGGAGCUGGGCAUCAAGUAGGACUGCAACACUCAGGCAGACCUUUCAAAUUGUAGCGAACAAAACAGAAACCAACUAAAAGAAACACACGCGCAAUAUUACCAUAAGUUCUAGUAGUCGUCGUUCCAAACCACUGUUCAUCGAGAGAGGAGGAGGAGGGUGGCGAUCGGGUGGGAGCCUCCUCCACCUAGUAAGAAAGAAGCCUACGAAACUAUCUACCUGUAACCGAAAAUGCCAGAACAAAUUGUUUCCACACAUCAAAUCAAAUUAUUAUGUACUAUUAUACACUAAAAAGGAUGGAUUUUAUUAAACGUUGUUUAGUCUAUAAGGAGAGCGACGAGGCCUCCCACGCCCUGUAACCCUGCUCCACCUCACCCUGCCUAUCAAAUAAAUCGUUAUUUAAAGUACA